AUGAUUCACCUGAUUUUCCUCUAUUUGUGCUUGUGGUGUUUAGUUGGUGUGUUCGGUGUUGAUGCAGUGAAGUCGGUGUCAGUGUUGGAGGGAAAAUCAGUCACUCUAAACCCUGAUCUUACUGAAAUAGGGGGAAAUAAAGAGAUCGAGUGGAAGUUUGGACACAAGAACAUCCUCAUAGCUCAAAUCAACAGGCAGAACAAUAAGGACACGUUUUAUGAUGAUGUUGCUGAUGGGAGAUUCAAAGGCAGACUGAAGCUGGAUCAGACCGGAUCUCUGACCAUCACGAACACCAGAACCACAGACUCCGGACUUUAUAAAGUCUUCAACACCAGAACAGAUACCCUGCUGAGCACAUUCAAUCUUACAGUUUAUGCUCCUCUACCUGCUCCUGUCAUCAGCAAAUACUCUCCUCAGUGUUCAUCAUCAUCUUCAUCGGUGUCCAAAUGUGUGCUGCUGUGUUCAGCUGUGAAUGUGAGUCACGUGACUCUCUCCUGGUACAAAGGAAGCAGUUUAUUGUCCGGCAUCAGCGUGUCUGAUUUCAGCAUCAGCAUCUCUCUACCUCUGGAGGUGGAACAUCAGGAUAAAAACACCUACGGCUGUGUGCUCAACAAUCCCAUCAGCUUUCGCGCUGAACAAGCGGACAUCAGUCACCUCUGCUGGUCAUGUUCAGACUCUCGCUGUUGUGGUUUCACUGAAGCUGCGAUCCGAUUGGUUCUCUCUGCUCUGGUGGGCGUGGCCGGGGCGGUCGUCCUGGUUUAUGACAUCAGAUCCAGAAGUCUUCAUCAGGAGAAGAGCGUGAAGAACGCAGCAACGAACACUGAUCAACCAGAUGUAGUUGUUUUUAAAUGAAUGGAGCCAUUAUAUCACAAGAAAUCUUUAUCUCAUUUUUAUUAUCGCAAGAUUGAUAUAUCAUGUCUUUAAUACUAACUUUAAUACUUUAAUUAUAACAUGUAACUUAACGUUAAUACAUUUUGAUACAGUGACCCUGCUGAAGCUCCAUCUAGUGUUUUUUUACUGACAUUUCUAUAUUUUAUAGCAUAAAAAUCCUUAACAAAAAAAAACUACUUCAACUAAAUACUUCAUGUUAGUUUUUGCAUGUCAAUGCAUCUUUGUUUUAUACUAUAAAAUAAACAUGAUUUUAUAAUGUUUAAAUCUUUGGCCUCAUUCUUGACCUUUUAAAAAAAUAAUCACGUUCAUAAACAAGAUCAUCGUUCAGCUCUGCUCAUUGGUUUUUCAUCUUGAGUUUGUUAGCCUUAAAAAUUGCAAGUUAAAAUCAAUCCAAUUUAAUUCAAGUAAAAAAACUCAACAUGACAUCUCUGGUGUGCGAGUCUUGAUGUUAACAAAGACCAUAACGACAACCUUUGAGAAUGACAGAUCUAUAUAUACAGUAUCAAAAACAUCAUUAUUGUUUUAAAGCAGAAUCACUAUACAUUGCUUCUGUAUUCUAUACAUUUAUUCAUUUAACAGACACUGGAAAAUUCUAUAAACACUAGAAGGCCAUUAAAAACAACUAGAAUAUGUUUCUUAAAAGGUGGCAUAACUUAAAUACAACACGUAUGUGGGCGUUUCCAUUAAAAACACACCGUCAUGAGGAGUUCUGUGAUAAACUGAGUGUAAAAUAAGAAGACGAGAAAUAGAAUUAAGCACUGCUGUCACAAAAAUAAAUGUGUGAAGAUUACUCAGUUCUUCAGUUUACAUUCCUCUCUGCUAUUAGUUGUAUCUUUAUCUCUCAUCAUAACUAUUUUAGCUCAGAUUUGCAUUCAGGGAUGUUGAACACAUGAGUUUCCUGACCUUCAGAUGUUUGCCUUAAUCAAGUUUCUCAUUGUCCUUCAGCUGUUACCCAAAAAUUAAAAUUAUCCCAUGAUUCACUCACCCUCAAACCAUCCUGUGUAUAUGACUAUCUUUCAGACGAACACAAUCUGAGGUAUAUUAAAAAUGUCCUGGCUCUUCUAAGUUUUAUAAUGGUAGUGAAUGGGGGGAUGAGAUUUUGAAGCCCAAAAAAGUGCAUCCAUCCAUCAUAACAGUAAUCCAUAUGACUCCAGGGAGUUUCCAGUAAAUCUACGUGUUAUCUUUCAAUCUACAUGUCAGAAUCUUUGUUAAACUUCAGAUUCAGUCAUUUAAAUCAGUUUAAUGACCGAACAUGGAAAAACAACAAAGAAAUGAUCGGUCAUUUUCUUAAAAAAAUAACGUUGGAAAGGUCACGUGACGUAGACGGAAGUACCGAUCCAGUGUUUACAAAGCGAAUGUGUAAAGACUAAGUCAAACGACCUUUACAAAAAAAGGUAAAACAACGAUGUUGGAGGAGAAAAUGAGAUGGAGUUUUUCGCCCUACUGCGGUACUUCCGCCUACAUCACGCGUGACCUUUCCAACGUGAUUACGUAAUGCGUGGAGCAUCACAGAGCAGUGCAAGAUGAGCAUUUGUGGUUAAAAAGUAUAUAAUGUUUAUUUUUUUUAGGAAAUGGCCGAUGGUUUCUCUAGAUGAGACUCUUAUUCCUCGUCUGGGAUCAUGUAGAGCUCUUUGAAGCUGCACUGAAACUGACAUUUGGACCUUCAACCCGUUGAACCCCAGUGAAGUCCACUAUAUGGAGAAAAAUCCUGGAAUGUUUUCCUCAAAAACCUUCAUUUCUUUUCCACUGAAGAAAGACAUCUUGGAUGACAUGGGGGUGAGUAAAUUAACAGGAUAUUUUCAUUCUGAAGUGAACUAAUCCUUUAAGUAGAAUCAUUUUGAAUACUCUGUAUAUUAUUUAUUCAAUAUUUCCAUAAUCAGUCAAAAUAUUUUCCUAUAAUCUCAAUACUGUUUUUCAGUUAUAUUCUUAUUUAAUCUGAUCAGCGCUGGAAGAUUCUGUGAAAACCUCUGUCAGUAUACUAUUACUGAAUGUUUUGUUGUUGAAAUAUCAACAGACUUUAUUAUAAUCCAGCAGCUUAAUUUCCUAACUAAUUUAUGAUUUUUAGUAUGAUUUCUGGGGCCUACAGCAGCGACAUGACUCUCAUAAUGCAGAUGCAUUAGCGCCCCCUGUGGCUGGAUAUGGAAACUCUUCAGGAUAAGACAAAAGCAUGGUUUGGAAGAUGGAUUCAUGAUGUACUUGCUCAUUAUAUAAAUUAUGAAUAAAAAAAGUGCAAAAAUAGUGCAACUAAUGUUUGAUGUCUUUUGUAUGUUGUAAACGAGAUUCUUCUUACAACCACUAGAUGGAUCUAGAUAUCUCUAAAUGGAGAGGCAUCUGAAUAAUUAUGGUGUACAUCAUUUAUAGAAUAUAGUAUGAUUUCACAUGACCGUCUUAUGAUAGUCUGUGUAUAUAACGUGUUGUUUCCCUCUUUCUUUAUAGAGCAGCACCUCCAGUUACUCCUCCUGCGAUAUCUGACUCAAUUUUUACGGUUAGUGGCUUCAUAUGUUAUUUCCUGAGCCUCUGUACUUCAUCUGUGUCUUAUAGCCUGUCUGACUGAAUCUUUCUAAAGAUUUAUAUUUCCUUUAAUAAUAGAAAAUGAUUCAGUCAUAUAGAGAUAGAGGCUCUCUGUUCUUCUUUGAAGUCAUACUGUAUACAGUCGACAAAUGAAAUCUGAUAUCUGAUAAAUUUUGUUUCUAAAAGCUCGAAUCAUGACAAAAAAAACUGUAUUUUUCAGGUUGGAUCAAUCUAAUGCAGUCCUAAGUGUGUGUCUCUAUAGGAAGCGUGCGUCUGGCUGUUUCAUUGGCCCUG